AUGCUUGGAAACGGACGGUGGGAUGCCAUGUGCAUAGACGGGAUCAAGCGACUCUGUCACAUCAGAGGUAAGAUGCAUAAGAAGGUUUGGAUCAGUGCUGGAGAUAUUGUUCUUGUCGGUCUCAGGGAUUUUCAGGACGACAAAGCUGACAUCAUCCUUAAGUUCAUGCCUGACGAAGCUCGUUUGCUUAAAGCUUACGGUGAGCUCCCUGAUAAUGUUCGUCUUAACGAAGGGAUUGCUGGUGGUGUCGAUGAGGAAGAUGAAGGUGGUGUCGUUGAUGAUUAUCUUGAGUUUGGUGAUGAUGAGAUUAAUAGGCUCUAA